UAACCCAGAGACGCCGCUCUGGACGCUCCCUUCUACCCGGCGGUCUGUGCUCUCUCUCAAGCCCCAUCCAGAGCUCCCAUUCAAGAGUGCUGAGAUCCAGAUGAGAGCCACAUUUCAGCUCCGACAUCCAGCACAGCAGCACAUAGGCUCCGAGUCAAACUAAAAAAAAAACCAGCGGGGAAGAAGAAGAAGGGCUUCAGAGCCACUCCAGACUUUGGAGAGUCACCUCUUGGGAUCCUACUUUUGUCUGUGGAGUGGAUUUAGGACGAGAGAGGGAGCAACUUUUGCGGAGAUAAAGAGGGGGGGACACCGGCAGCCAAAAUGGAGGUGAAGACGUCACUUCUAGACAACAUGAUCGGGGUAGGCGACAUGGUCCUCCUAGAGCCCCUGACUGAAGAGUCAUUCCUCGAGAACCUGAGGAAACGCUUUGACCACAGUGAGAUCUACACAUACAUUGGCAGUGUGGUGAUCUCCAUGAACCCCUACAGGUCCCUGCCCAUCUUCACGCCAGAUAAAGUGGAGGAGUAUCGCAACAGGAACUUCUAUGAACUUAGUCCACACAUCUAUGCGUUGGCAGAUGAGGCCUACCGUUCACUGAGGGACCAGGACAAGGACCAGUGCAUCCUCAUCACUGGGGAGAGUGGGGCUGGGAAAACCGAGGCCAGUAAGCUGGUGAUGUCAUAUGUGGCAGCGGUGUGUGGGAAGGGCCAGGAGGUGAAUAAGGUCAAGGAACAGCUGCUGCAGUCCAAUCCCGUUCUGGAGGCCUUUGGAAAUGCCAAAACAGUAAGGAACGACAACUCCUCCAGAUUUGGAAAGUACAUGGACAUUGAGUUUGACUUCAAAGGAGAUCCUCUUGGUGGAGUCAUCAGCAACUAUCUGCUGGAGAAGUCACGCGUGGUCAAACAGCCAAGAGGAGAGAGGAACUUCCACGUCUUUUAUCAGCUGCUGUCUGGAGCCUCUGACGACACACUCAAGAAGCUGAAGCUGGAGCGGGACUUCAGCAAGUACAACUACCUGAGCCUGGACUCAGCUGCUGUCAAUGGGCUGGAUGAUGCAGCCAACUUCAGGACAGUCAGAAAUGCCAUGCAGAUCGUGGGCUUCAUGGAGGACGAGGUGCAGUCGGUGCUGGAGCUGGUGGCUGCCGUGCUGAAGCUCGGUAACAUUGAGUUCAAACCAGAGUCGCGCUGUAACGGCAACGACGAGAGCCGUGUCAAAGACAAAAACGAUUUGAAGGAGAUGUGUGAGCUGCUUGGGAUCGAACAGUCAGUGCUGGAAAGAGCGUUCAGCUACCGCACAGUAGAAGCCAGAUUGGAGAAAGUGUCCACUACCCUGAACGUGUCCCAGGCCUACUACGCCCGUGAUGCCCUUUCCAAAAAUCUCUACAGUCGUCUGUUUAGCUGGCUAGUUACAAGGAUCAACGAAAGCAUAAAAGCACAAGGUAAAACUCGCCACAAGGUCAUGGGUGUGCUGGACAUCUAUGGCUUUGAGAUAUUUGAGGACAACAGCUUUGAGCAGUUCAUCAUCAACUACUGCAACGAGAAGCUGCAGCAGAUCUUCAUCGAGCUGACCCUGCGCGAGGAGCAGGAGGAGUACAUUCGAGAGGGCAUUGAAUGGCACAACAUUGAAUAUUUCAACAAUGCUGUUAUCUGCGACCUCAUUGAGAAUAAUCAAAACGGCAUCUUGGCCAUGUUAGACGAGGAGUGCCUGCGGCCUGGAACAGUCACUGAUGAGACCUUUCUGGACAAGCUGAACACCAUCUGUGCUGAACACCAGCACUUUGAGAGCCGCCUCAGCAAGAAUUCAAAGUUCCUCACUGACCACAGCCUGCCACAUAAUUGCUUCCGCAUCCAGCACUACGCUGGCAAGGUGCUGUACCGCGCUGAGGGCUUUGUAGAUAAAAACAACGACCUGUUAUACCGGGACCUGUCACAAGCCAUGUACAAGGCCACCCACAGCCUCAUCAAACAGCUGUUCCCUGAAGGCAACCCAGCCAAAGUGAAUCUGAAGAGACCACCAACUGCUGGAUUCCAGUUCAAAGCAUCAGUGGGGACGCUGAUGAGGAACCUGCAGACCAAGAACCCAAACUACAUCCGGUGCAUCAAACCCAAUGACAAGAAGGCAUCCCACAUCUUCACCGAGUCUCUGGUCUGCCAUCAGUUACGUUACCUGGGCCUGAUGGAGAACGUCCGUGUGAGGAGGGCAGGUUAUGCCUUCCGCCAGGCCUAUGAGCCCUGCCUGGAGCGCUAUAAAAUGCUCUGCAAGAAGACCUGGCCCCAUUGGAGAGGGCCUGCCAGAGAAGGAGUAGAGGUACUGAUGACCGACCUCCAGGUCUCAGGUGAAGAGUUCUCCUACGGUCGCUCCAAAAUCUUCAUCAGGAACCCAAGAACGCUCUUCUUCUUGGAAGAGAGGAGGAGGCAAUGCCUACAAGAUCUGGCCACACUCAUUCAGAAGAUCUACCGUGGCUGGAAGUGCCGCAGCCAUUUCUUGCUGCUUAAAAAGAGUCAGAUUGUGGUGGCAGCGUGGUACCGCCGAUAUGCACAACAAAAGAAAUACCAGAAGAUCAAGAGUGCCACCACUGUGGUGCAGUCCUACACCAGAGGAUGGCAGGCACGCAAACUCCUGAGAGAGCUGAAAUAUCAGAAGAGAUGCGAAGAGGCAGCGACCACCAUCGCAGCCUACUGGCACGGCACCCAGGCUCGCAGGGAGCUGAGGAGGCUGAAGGAAGAAGCCAGGCGUAAGCACGCUGUCGCUGUGAUUUGGGCCUACUGGCAGGGACUCAAGGUUCGCAGAGAAUACAGAAAAUUCUUCAGAGCGAAUGCAGGCAGAAAGAUCUAUGACUUCACCAUCCAGAGGAUUAUGCAAAAAUACUUCCUGGGCCUGAAGAGCAACUUGCCCUCCAUGUCACCCAUCGACAAGAACUGGCCUUCCAGGCCUUACCACUUCCUGGAUGGAGUCCACAAAGAGCUCCGGAGAAUCUUCCAUCUCUGGAGGUGCAAGAAAUACAGGAGCUCUUUCACAGCAGAGAGGAAGGCAGUGUUUGAAGAGAAGCUGGAGGCGAGCGAGAUCUUCAAGGAUAAAAAGGCUCUCUACCCGAGCAGCGUGAGCCAGCCCUUCAAAGGAGACUACCUUGAGAUCAGCAAGAACCCCAAGUACCAGAAACUCAACAGCGCUGUGGAGGAGAAGGUUCUGCUGGCUGACGUGGUCAACAAGAUUAACAGGGCCAACGGCAAGGGUACGGCUCGGAUCUUCCUGCUGACUAAGAACAGUGUCGUCCUCGCUGACCAGAAGACAGGCCAGGUGAAAGCCAGCGUCCCUCUUCCGGACCUCACUAGCGUGUCUGUCAGCACACAGAGCGAUGGCUUCUUUGCUCUCAAACUGAAAGAGGGUUCAGCCUCGGCCGUCAAAGGGGACUUCCUACUCAGCAGUGAGCAUCUGAUUGAGAUCAUCACCAAACUCCACCACAUCGGCUCCACAGCUGCAGACAGGGAGCGGCUCAAUGUCGACAUCUCAGAUGAGUUUCUGGUGCAGUUCAAGCAGGACAAAGUGUGCGUCAAAUUCAUCCAGGGAGUCCCCAAGAACGGAAACAACGUGUGCUGCAAGCGCAAGAACAACCGUUUGCUGGAGGUGUCAGUGCCCGCAACAGCAUAGUGCUUCCCCUUCAACAACUCUCCAGUGCUGUUCUUGAGUGCUCAGACUG